AGAGGGAGCUUCUAAUCUCAUUAUCCCUACCUAAACUAAUCCACCAGGAACAACACCUCAGAGUCAUACAUACCCUUGACACAUGUUGUAUGAUACGUCCAGAUAUAUAUUUAUAUAUUUAUAUUUAUGAAUGAUAAUAUCAGGUGAGCUGUGCCAAUAAACAAAAAGAUGUCAGAUAUGCAGGAUACGCUGCUGCUGGGAUCAGAGGGAAUCAAGAAAACAAUCCUGCAUGGAGGGACCGGAGACAUUCCUAAAUUCAUCACAGGGGCAAAGGUGACGUUCCAUUUUCGCACCCAGCUGUGUGAUGAUGAACGUACAGUAAUAGAUGACAGCAGAGUGGUGGGGACACCCAUGGAGAUCGUGAUCGGGAACAUGUUUAAACUGGACAUUUGGGAGAGCCUGCUGGCCUCCAUGAGGAUCGAUGAGGUGGCUGAGUUCUGGUGUGACAUCAUUCACACUGGCGUUUAUCCCCUCGUGUCCAAGAGCAUGCGACGCAUUUCAGAAGGCAAGGACCCGGUCGACUGGCACAUCCACACGUGCGGUAUGGCCAACAUGUUCGCCUACCACAGCCUCGGCUACGACGACCUGGACGAGCUGAUGAAGGAACCGAAACCGCUCUACUUUGUCCUCGAGCUGCUCAGGGUGCAGCAGCCCAGUGAGUACAACAGGGAGUCGUGGGCCCUGAGCGAUGCGGAGCGGCUGAAGGCGGUCCCCGUGCUGCACGGCCAGGGGAACAAGCUCUACAAACAAGGAGACUACCAAGAGGCCACGCAGAAGUACAAGGAGGCCAUCAUCUGCAUCAAAAAUGUUCAGACUAAGGAGAAAGCAUGGGAGGCCCCCUGGUUGAAGAUGGAGAAGAUGGGCAACACCUUAACCCUCAACUACUGCCAAUGUUUACUACGCAUGGAAGAGUACUACGAGGUCAUCGAGCACACCAGCGACAUCAUCAAUCAGCACCCAGGUGCAGUCAAGGCCUUCUUUCUGCGAGGGAAGGCCCACGUGGAGGUGUGGAACGAGGCCGAGGCCCGGCAGGACUUCAGCAGGGUGCUGGACCUGGACCCUGGCAUGAAGAAAGCUGUCAAGAAGGAACUGGCUGUGCUGAACAUGCGCAUGGAAGAGAAGAACCAAGAGGACAGGGACAAGUACAAGGGCAUGUUUUGACCAGGAAAGCCUGCGGGCGAUGAGGCUGGAUAAUCAGUGAAGCAAGAGUGAAGUAGUCAGAUUACAAAUCUCCAUUAACAAUUUUAAAUAUUCAACAAUAAAACUCACUUGUUUAAUCCAGCACAAUUUGUUGACUGGCUCAAACAAAUGGUAUGUAAAACAAAUUAAUGAAUGAGCUAGUUGAUGGAUUUUCUUUGAGGCAGAACCCGGCUGUUCCCAUCUAUUCUCUAGUCUUCAUUCUCACUAAACUGGCUUCAGUUACACUUUUACAGUCCGGAGAGGCGGCAACAGUCUUUGUAACCAACUAACCGCAAAUAACUGUUUCCUAAAAUGUCGAACUAUUCCUUUAAUUGUUGCACGAAUAAAUGAACUCCUCCAACCAUUCAUCUGUCCAUAUCCUGUCAAUAAUGAUGCCUGCCACUGAUACAUUGUUGGAACAACUUUGUUGUUUAAAUCUGUCAAAGACCCGAAAUGGUGGCUAUGUUCUUUCUAUAGAUAAUUAUUUAUCAGUACUUCAAAAAACAUCAAAUUAAAAACCAACUCACGUCUGUGGGUC